AUGGCACCCAUUGCUGUUUCUCCAGAACAUUCACCGGACCCUGCAGUUUCCCUUGAUUCCGGAAACUCUCUCUCCUCCGUGACGACCACCUACGAUGAUACCCUUCGUUUUUAUUUGAAUGGCACGCGAGUUGUCCUCGAUGACAUGGAUCCUGAGGUUACUCUACUUGAAUACCUUCGCGGCAUAGGUCUUACAGGAACAAAGCUAGGGUGUGCAGAGGGAGGAUGUGGAGCUUGCACAGUGGUUGUUUCUCAAUACAAUCCAACCACCAAGAAAAUAUAUCAUGCAAGCGUGAACGCAUGCUUAGCUCCACUGGUCAGUGUCGACGGGAAGCACGUUAUAACAAUUGAAGGAAUUGGGAACACAAAGAGGCCGCAUCCUACGCAAGAGAGAAUCGCGAAAGGGAAUGGUAGUCAAUGUGGGUUCUUAGAAGAAGCAUUCGAUGGAAACCUUUGCAGGUGUACAGGGUAUCGCCCAAUCCUAGAUGCAGCGCAGACUUUUAGUUCUGGGGCUGCAUGUGGCAAAUCUAAAAGAAAUGGUGGAGGUGGAUGUUGUAUGGAAAAUGGUGGAGAAAGUGGUGGAGAAAGUGGUGGAUGCUGUAAGAACGAAUUAAAGGAUGAUCAACCUAUAAAACGGUUUACACCUCCAGGAUUCAUCGAGUAUAAUCCGGAUACUGAACUCAUAUUUCCACCGCCACUUAUGAGACAUGAGUUCAAACCCUUGGCUUUUGGAAAUAAAAGAAAGAAGUGGUAUCGUCCAGUGACCAUGGAGCAGCUCUUAGAGAUUAAGAGCGUAUAUCCGUCGGCCAAAAUCAUUGGUGGAAGUACGGAAACGCAAAUCGAGAUUAAGUUCAAGGCUAUGCAAUACACAGCUUCGGUGUUUGUUGGGGAUAUCCCCGAAUUAAGGCAAUACUCAUUCAAGGAUGACCAUCUAGAGAUUGGCGGUAAUGUGAUAUUGACGGAUUUAGAGUCUAUUGUUCAAGAAGCAGAGAAGCAUUAUGGGCCUGAAAAGGGUCAAGUAUUCAAAGCCAUUCAUAAGCAAUUGAAAUAUUUUGCUGGUCGACAAAUCAGAAAUGUCGGCACGCCCGCAGGAAAUUUGGCCACUGCUUCUCCUAUUUCUGAUCUCAAUCCUGUAUUCGUUGCAUCAAAUGCUAUCCUAGUCGCAAAGUCUUUAGACAAGGAGACGGAAAUUCCCAUGUCUGAAUUCUUCAAAGGUUACAGAUUAACUGCACUCGCUCCAGAUGCAAUCAUUGCUAGCAUUCGUAUACCCGUGACACAAAAGGGAGAAUAUUUAAGAGCGUACAAGCAAUCGAAACGAAAGGAUGAUGAUAUCGCCAUUGUCAACGCGGCUCUUAGAAUUGCCAUUGAUAAUACUCAGGUUGUAACUAGCGCAAGUCUGGUAUACGGAGGAAUGGCUCCAACCACGAUUGCGGCUAAAAAGGCCGGUGCUUAUUUACUGGGCAAGAAAUUUACGGAUCCUGCAACGUUAGAGGGAACUAUGAAUGCUCUAGAAGAGGACUUUAACCUUAGCUUUAGCGUUCCUGGAGGAAUGGCGACUUACCGGAAAUCUCUUGCGUUCGGCUUUUUCUAUCGAUUCUACCACGAAAUUUUAUCCAGUUUCGAGAUGAAAAAUUUGGAAGUAGAUACACAAGUCGUACCGGAGAUUGAACGCAUGAUAUCUUUUGGCAAAGAAGAUAGAGAAGCCACUUUUGCCUACCAACAGAAUGUUCUCGGAAAGGCAAGUCCACACGUAGCUGCAUUAAAGCAAACCUGUGGUGAAGCACAAUAUACGGAUGACAUACCAGUCCAGAAGAACGAGCUAUACGGAUGCUUAGUUUUAUCGACAAAGGCUCAUGCGAAAAUCGCGAGUGUUAAUUAUGCUCCUGCAAUGGAUUUGCCAGGUGUGGUUCAAUAUGUUGAUCAUACAGACAUGCCAAGUCCUGAGGCCAAUUAUUGGGGAGCACCUGUCUGUGACGAAACAUUCUUUGCUGUUGAUGAAGUAUUUACAACAGGCCAACCCAUUGGUAUAGUUCUUGCUGAUAGUGCAGCACAUGCAAGUGCAGGAGCACGAGCUGUCAAAGUAGAGUACGGUGAAAGGCCGGCCAUAUUCACAAUGGAGGAGGCUAUUGACCUAGAAAGUUUCUUCGAUCAUUACCGGUACAUAAAGAAAGGAGAAUCAGAAAAGGCAUUCGAAGAAGCAGAUUAUGUCUUUAGUGGUGUUUCUAGAAUUGGUGGGCAAGAGCACUUCUAUUUAGAAACUCAGGCUUGUGUAGCGAUACCUAAAAUCGAAGAUGGAGAAAUGGAAAUUUGGUCUGGGACACAAAAUCCAACAGAAACCCAAACUUAUGUUGCGCAAGUCUGUGGCGUUGCUGCAAACAAGGUUGUGAGUAAAGUCAAGAGACUUGGAGGUGGGUUUGGUGGAAAAGAGACUCGUUCCAUCCAACUAUGUGGCAUUGUCUCGCUUGCCGCCAAAAAGACUGGUAGGCCAGUUCGUUGCAUGCUCAAUCGUGAUGAAGAUAUGAUUACCUCUGGGCAAAGGCAUCCUUUCUUGUCCCGAUGGAAAGUCGCCGUUAAUAAGGAUGGUAAGAUUCAAGCACUUGAUUUAGAUAUGUUCUGCAAUGGAGGGUGGACUCAAGAUCUUUCUGGUGCUGUACUGGAUCGAUCAUUAUCACAUUCUGAUAAUUGUUAUAUGAUUCCUAAUAUUCACGUCCGAGGUCGUGUUUGCAAGACGAAUACGAUGUCAAAUACCGCAUUCCGAGGAUUUGGUGGACCACAAGGUUUAUUCAUGGCAGAAUCAUACAUCGAGGAAGUUGCGGACCGUCUCGGUAUGCCAGCAGAGAAACUCAGAGAAAUAAACUUGUACAAGGCGAACGAGAAAACACAUUUCAACCAAGCCUUAAAAGACUGGCAUGUACCACUAAUGUAUAAGCAAGUUCAGGAAGAGUCGAAUUAUGCCGCAAGGCGUGAGGCUAUCACAAAAUUUAACGCAGAACAUAAGUGGAAAAAGAGAGGGACUUUCAAUUAUACCUACAAAGUUCGGUAUUUCCUUUACAGCACUUUUUCUCAACCAAGCUGGAGCAUUAGUUCAUAUCUACCACGAUGGAUCCGUUCUUGUAGCUCACGGUGGUACUGA